AUAUGCAUUUCACAGGGCCAGAAUAGAGUACAGAACAACGGGAACACGACACAAGCGAACGGCUAAAACACAGCUCUGGCUAUGUAGUGGCGGUAUAGUGUAUACAGUUGUGUCGUUCGUUUUCAUAUCACAUAGCUCUGGCUGCCUGCCUGCUUUCGGUUUGUCAUUGGCGUCGUCGUUGGUUGUUUGGCGUUUGUGUCUCCGUUUUCUCAUCGUCAUCAUCGUCGUCGUCGUCGUUAUGUCGUCGAUGUCGGUGUCGCCAUCUCGUGUCGUCCUCUCUUUGACAUUAUAUACCUCCUCAGCUUUGUGUAUAUAGAAUUUCAGUUUUUUUUUUUUUAUAUUCUUUUUUGGGUUCUAUUUUUUUUUUCUCUCGUUUGAAUUUUUGUCAUCGUCGACGAGUGUCAUUGGUCGAAGUGGAGUGAAAUACACAAAAAAAAAAGGAAUAAAAAUAAAUAGAAGAGAAUUUUUAUAAAAAAAAAGAAAAUAAUCAAAAGAGAGUAGAGAAAAAAAAAAUAAAGUGCAAUCGAGUAAAGUACAUGGAACGGUGGCGACUGUUGGCGACUUUUGUUGGAGGAUUGUGUCGCGUAUAAUUUGGCAUCUAUCUCGGACUCGUUUAGCGACAACUCCAGAAGCACCUACGUUUAACGCUACGACGACAUUUUUACUGGACGACAUUUUAGUCUGGAUUAUCUGAUAGAUACUGUUAAUAGAGUUUGUUGUUGCGGAAACGGAAAUUUGCAUUUUUUCAAAAAAAAAAAAAAAAAAAUCUGCCCGCCUAGUGCCUAACCUACAAAAUUUUGUCACUGAAAAUUCAAAUUCUUAUUGGAUUUUUUUUUUUGUGAGGACCUCCUUUAUUCAAAUUUUUACCCUUAACUUCCAAUUUAAACGCCAUUUUGUCUUUUUGAAAAAUAAAGAAAAAAAAAUAAUAAUUAGCCUCUCCACCAAAACUUAGCGUUACCGUAACGAACGUAACGCGAGUGUGUGUUUGUUUUUUUUCUUUUCGUUGGACGGUGGUGGACGGAUAUUAAGGGUUAAUUAUUUGGGUUUUUUUUGUUGUUGUUGUUGUUUGCGUGGGAGUUUAAAAAUAAGUUGGUUUGGCAUGAAAUGUGUAUAUAAUUACGGGGUACUUUACUUUAAACGUAACGACGAUUAUAAAUGCAGUUUAAUUGUAACGCGGAAGAGGCGGAUCGAAUUCCGUGUGUAAUUGAUGUUUAAAAAGUAAAUAAUAAUCUAGAGUUUCUUAAUUAGAAUACCUACCAAAAGUACCUAUUGUUAACAACUACCAUAAAAAAGGAUAUCAAAUAAGUGAGGCCUAACUAAGUGCAUUAGGGUAUUCAACAACGACCUUACUGGAGUUUUUAGUAAAAAAUUUUAUUGAGACGUGGGAGUUUGUUUGAUUUGGUCAAUACUACAAGAAGCAAGUGUGGAGAAUAUUUUUUUUUUAAAUUCUUGUCUGUGAUUUUUUUAAAAUUUAUAAAAUAAAAAUAAAUAAAAAUUGAUAAAGUGUGAAAAAAAAGAUAAAAAGGAAAAACUUUUAAUAAACGGAUUUAACAACAAAACACUAUUAUACUGGCUGAUUGACAAUCUUCAAACGGAUGGUUUCUUUGGAACUACCUAUUUUGUGUAAUUGGGUACUCCAGUUAAGAAACCACACAACAACAUUCAAGAAAUGAUGACAUCAAUGUUGUUUAAAAAAAAUCCCAUUGAAUGUCUUAAUGAGCGUUAAUCAGGAUCAUCAUCACCACAGCAGCGGGAAUAAAGGGAUUAGCAGCGGCAGCAGCGAAAGCAUCAGCAGCCUUACCAACGACUAUCCUCGCAAUCCGGAACAGCUGGCUGUUAGACAAAUGGUGAUGUCACCCAGUCGUAGACCAUCGCCUCCACGAGCAGCAACACAUCCAAUGAACAUGCAUCUGAGUUCGUUGGCACAUGCACAGAUGCAAUUUCAAUCGCAUUUGCAUCAGAAAUUGGCCGCUGGCCUACCACCGAAUCAUUUGAAUAAUUACUUCCGAAAUCCACCGCCUCCGCCACCACCGCCGCCGUCGACAAAUCAGUCGGCGGUAAACGCCAACUCUCAGGGUGGCGGUGGUGGUGGUGGUGGUAAUCCGGGCUCAAAUCCGCUAAGUCAUCUGCAAAAUAUGCAACCUUUUGAUUUUCGAAAAAUCAAUACAGCAGCACUUGGUGCCUUUCCGCCGUCAAUGAUGCAUGGAGGAGCUCGCAUGAGUCCAGAAAUGGCCGCACAACAACAACAUCAGCAUCAUUUGCAACAACAGGCAUUGGCUCAAGCUCGUAGAAGAAUGUCCGAGGAGAAGAAUGCCUCAAAUCAAUCGUUGUUUAAUGCAAUGGCAAUGUCGGGACAUCAUUUACCCUUUCAUUUGCCACCUCCACCGCCACCACAGUCUUCAUCGGCGGGCGGGGGUCUAACAAACAAUCAAGUGGCAGCAAUAGCAGCAGCUGCAGCUGCUUCGGGAAAUCCAAUGCCACACAGUCUAUUGGCUUCACAUUUCCCAUCGAUGAAUUUGCAGCGAAGUAAGUCACCGGAAUCUAAAAAAGAAAAACUGGGACCCACGGGUCCGAAUGCCCUAAACUUGAGCAAUAGCCGGUUAGAGUCGAAAUCCCCCCAAAACAAUCAUCACCAUCCUCCUCAUAACUCAAGUUCCCAACACCAUCAACCGCACCAGCAACAAAUGCAGCAACAUCAACAAAACCAGCAGCGAAUGUCCCGUUUAAGUGCGUCAUCGAUGCCUUCACACCAAAGUCGCAAGGCCCAUUCACCCGGAGGUAAACGCCAAUGGGGAUCCCUGCCGGCAAACCUAGGAACACAAUUUAUCAACCCUGUGACGGGCAAAAAACGUGUCCAGUGCAAUGUCUGCCUGAAGACCUUCUGUGACAAAGGAGCCCUAAAGAUCCAUUUCUCAGCGGUACAUCUGCGGGAAAUGCACAAAUGUACGGUAGACGGUUGUAGUAUGAUGUUCAGCUCGAGACGAUCUCGAAAUCGUCAUAGCGCCAAUCCGAAUCCAAAGCUUCAUUCGCCCCACCUCAGGAGAAAAAUUUCCCCCCACGAUGGUCGGAGUGCUCAACCACAUCCUCUCCUUCUACAGCCUCCGAAUGGUCUCAUGGCUGGUGCCCUUAAUCCUCUCAAUCCAUUCGGAAGCUUUCCACUGCUCACACCUCCACCAGAUAUGCGUCAUCACCAAAUGCCGGGCAUGGACCUCAAACACAGUCAAGACUUUCUCCAUCGAUCGUACAUGGAUAGCGCCAUGUUGGGACGGUAUGAUGGUCGAGGACAUCCGGAUGGACUCAAACACAAUCCACACCACAUGGACACCCAUCCGGAAGAUCUCGACGAUGAUGACGACGAUGAUGAUGACGAUCAUGAUGAUGGUCAUGUGCUGGACGAUGACGAUGAUGAUGACGGAGAAGGUGGAAUCGUCGUCGUUGGUGAAGAAUCUGAUAAUAUUCUGGAUAAGACCGUUUCGGAUGACUAUGUGACUGAGGGCGAGGAUCAACCGACCGAUUUCAGUCUUACCAAAGAUUCAAAGUCAUCCGAUGUGGAUUAUGAUGUGGACAAUCACAGCAAUACCGAUGACUCGCUCAGCAUAGCUGAUUCUUCAUAUGGUGGCGGGAAGGAAGAAUAUGAUAGUUCGACGACGGCGGUAACAGUUGGUAUGAGUGGUGGGGCGGAAAGUGUCGAUAGAGAUGGUGGAGCAAAUGCGAGCGGAGCUGGUAGUAAGCGAAAGCGAAAAAGUCAAAAUCCAGUUCGGUGUACGUUGCAGUCGUUGGAGAAUUCCUGUGAUAAUUCGUUGGAAGAGUUUGAUGUAGCCGAUUUGUCUUUGAAACCUCAGCAAGUUCCAACAAAUUCCAACGAAGAUGAAGGGGGUGUAGAAAAUCCAACUUUAGACUUGUCGAAGAGACCAAGGAAAUCAGAGAGUCCAAUGUCGGGAACGAAUUCGGAGACAUCGAAAGUUUUGCCAUCACCACCGUUGACACCAUCAACGUCGGUAAAUGGUAACGAAAGUGGUCAAUCGAGGCUUAAGUUAGAAGAUAGUGGCGAAACAGCUCAAAAUCUUACUUUAGAUCUCUCAGCUAAGAAAAAACCUGACGAACCUGCUGAAGUGAUCAAACAGGAACCUCCAGAGGCUUAUGAACAUGAACCUGGACCAGAGCCAGAACCCCAACCCCAAGUUGCUCCAGAAACCCUGGUUUCGGAAGUUCCAAUAGUUAAACAAGAACCCAUCGAUGAGCAGGUCUUCAUCAAUAAUAAUAACAACAACGAAAAUAAAAACAACCAACAACCCCUGCCAACACCACCUCCCGCACUCUACCCGGAUGGCCCGGAAAGUGAACAGGAACCACCGAUUUACGAUGAUUUCAUCGAAGAAGAAGAUGUUCCCAUCGAUAAGGACAAUCCUCUGCGGUGUACAGCUUGCGGUCGAGUCUUCCAAAAUCACUUUAGUCUCCAAACGCACUAUCAAAAUAUCCAUCUAAAGCUCCUGCACAAGUGCAACAUUGAUGGCUGCAAUGCUGCUUUUCCGUCGAAACGAAGUCGUGAUCGACAUAGUUCGAAUUCGAAUCUUCAUCGAAAGCUUUUGUCGACGGGUAAUUCAGAUGACAAUGGGGACGAAAAUACAUGCAAUAAUAAUAAACCUUUUGGAGGGCUUGCACCAACUAUUCAAGCUGAGUUUUUAGCUCGGCUUUAUGCCGGAUCUCACGGAAUGCCGGGUAUGAAUUUUGCUGAUGCUCUGAAGGGACAUUUUCCUCCAAGUAAUCCACCUGGAUUCCCACCGGAAAACUGGAUGGGGAAUGAUCCUAGACUGUUUCAUAACCCUUUAGCUCUCUUUCAUGGCUUGCCAGGGUUACCAGGGUUUCCCCCUCUCUCAGCGCAUCUUCUUUCAGCUUCCCCCUUUAAUGGCCUUAAUUUAUUUAGCCGUAGACCAUCUUCCGAUUCGCAUUCUCCCCACUCUAUAACUUCCCCGCCGGCGGCUUCACCAGCCAGUGCUACCAGUCAUCCACCGUUAAGGCAACCUCCGGUUGGACCCUAUUCUAUGCCUCUCGAAGAAGAACGCACCUCGCUUUCGCCGGGAAGUCGGGACACCCUCGCAUCGAACACCCAUCAUCCGACUCCGCCAGACCGGGUAUCAUGACCAUAUCCGGAGUUCCUUUCGUAGUGGUCCUGGACCUGGUAACCCUGGAGACCAGAUUCGGAGAAAAUUUAAAAAAUAAUAAUCAAUAUGGUGCAAUAAAAAGUAAAAUCCAACGAGAGAGACCGUUUCACACACAGAAUGCUCAUCAUAUCAAAACCGCAACGUAUCGUAGCUUCUUCCCGUAGAACCUCAAGGCUCCUUCUUGUAUUAUAAAAAAAAAACCUCUUAGCUUAGAAAAAAGAAUUCGCUGUAAAAAAAAAAUAAAUAAAAAAAAAAACAAAAAAAUACUCGUCAAUGUAGUAAAACCGUUAUUUUGAUUCCUUAUAUUUUUUUUGUUUAUAAUUUAAUUUAAAUUUUUUUUUGCAAAAAAUUGAUAUCUUUAACCUUUAAAGUAUUAAAAAUAAAGAGAAAGAAAAACAAACAAAUAUUAAGCAUGUUAAAUGCAUUUCCUGUCAUUAUGACCCUAAUCACAUUUAUA